AUGUUGUCAACUGCCAACACCAUCGAUGAAUAUCACUCUUCGUCAAUGGAUUUGCCUACAUUGACAGAGACCGCCUUGCGUCACCCGGACUGCUGUUGCAGCCUUUCCUCGACCCUACUUGACGCUAUCACGUCUAAUCUGUGCGAAAACAUAGACUCCGGUCUUGUUCUAUCAGUCGGCAGUGGCACUGGCUUACUCGAAGCGCUUUUGCUCUCUUUAUGGACGUCAUCCUUUGUAUCUGUGGGCAGGAAGCUUAAUAUGGAGGGAGUAGAAGUCCUUGGCUCCGAAAGCUUGGACCUUCAUUCUCCUAACAGAUAUCUACCCGAGGAGUGUUUUAACGUAGUAAAGGGAAGCUGGGCGCUCUCAUCACGAGUGAAACAGGCUGCCGCAAUUAUGUUCGUUUAUCCGCGCAGCACAGAGCUUGUGCGUCGGUAUAUGGAAGAAGCUGCCCUCUUCUCGGACAAACUGCAUAUUGCUCUUUGGCUAGGACCGAGCAGCGAUUGGGCAGAAUUCGAACCAAGUUUUACUGUUAGUAAGCUCGGCGAGCUCAUGAAGGAGCGAGUCGGCUAUGAAAACAAAAUCUCCUUCGCCAUUUUCCUCAUCAGGAAGCUCAGCUGGAAGCAUACACGAGAAUGGGAUGAUUAG